GGAAGUCAGUUCAAUUCCCGUUCAAUUUCAGUUCAGUCAAGAUUCAAUUUAAGUUCAGUUCAAAGUUCAAGCAUCAGUUCAAAUAAAAACGGAAAGUUCAAUCAAGUAAAAUAGUUCAAGUUAAAAAUAUCCGAAUCCGAAAACCCACUAAGCGUUGACAACCAGGCGUCACGCAUCAGAAUCCGGAUACCCCCAAAUUGGCAACCAGGCGCCACGCACCAGGCCAGAGCUCCUAACAAGGAAGGAGCUCGAGUAAAGAGAAACUAACGUAGUCAAACAAGGAGUUGAGAGGAUAAACUUAAAAUGAUAAUACGACCAGUGGCUACCAUUGUGCGAAGAAAAACGAGAAUAGUUAAUUGUGUUAGCAAUUUCGGUUCAGAGGCGAGAUGAAAGUGUUCAAAAUCAGUGUCGCAAAGAGUUUAAACUCGCUCCGUAUUCCAAAUUCUUUGUUCGGUAUGUGGUAUGCUUGAAAAUUUGGAAGGUGGCGACCCCUGGCAUCAAACUCUGUGCUGACGGUUUUGUAGACGGGAAAGCUGAUAAAGCUCACAGUGAAGGUGCUACACCAAAGAUUGAAUUAUGAUAAAUACUGUUUUUGUGCUGGGACUAUCAAGAAACUUGAAUUGCCUAUUUCGAAGCUGGAUUAUUGUGUUGUGCUUUUUGCAGAGCUGUCCAACAUUACACACUGGAAAGAUAUCGUUCAAGGAAAACAGUGAUAUGAUUUUCCGCACCACGUUCUUCCUGCUGUCACCACACAUUCCCAGUGAGAAGAACAUGUUACAAACCAAAGGGAAUGAAAAUAGUGAUAACCAGAAUAGUUUAGGUAGUACUGACAGUGCCGAGAGUGAUUCUAGUGCGUUUGAGCUUAACAGUGAAAGUGAAGAUUUACUGAAGUAUUACAAAACACCAAUGCAAUUUGGGACAGAUAAUUCCACAAUGGUGACAGCGCAGGUCGGAUCAAUGGCACACAUACCGUGUCGGAUACAUCACAUAGGAGAAGGUGUGGUAUCAUGGAUCAGGAGGAAGGAUUAUCAUCUACUAACCGUCGGGCUGACUACUUACAGCAGCGACGAACGGUUCAGUGCAACACAUCUACAGAACUCCGAGGAUUGGACGCUGCAGAUAAAGUUCGUUCAGGACCGGGAUGCUGGAUGGUACGAAUGCCAGGUUUCAACACAUCCGCCAACGUCGAUCUUCCUGGAGCUGCGCGUAGUGGAAGCACGCGCUGAGAUAGUCGGAUCGCAAGUAAAGUACUUGACACCUGAUUCAACACUAAAAUUGAUAUGCCGCGUCGUACAAAGCACCGAAGCGUCUGCGUUCAUAUUUUGGUAUCACAAUAAUCGGAUGAUAAACUACGAUGUCGACAGGGGCAUUAAUGUUUCUACUGAGGCAGAUUUCCAUUAUUCAGAACUGACUAUCAAUCAUGCCACCAAAGAGUAUUCGGGAAAUUACACAUGCGUACCGAGCAACUCCCAGCCAGCCAGUGUUUUUGUACAUAUAUUCAAAGGUGAUCAUCCAGCGGCUAUGUAUCACGAGCACCGUAGUUCCUCGACGAUUCCGUAUCGAGAUCGGGUGCUGCUUGGGCUAGCACUGGUUAUUGAAAUUCUGUUCUAUUCAACAUUCCUGUUUUGAAAAGUUUUCGGCAAGGAUGAGAAUAAAAACAACAUAUUCGUAUCAUUGAUUAGCUGUAGAGAUAAAGUUCUGAGCGCUGUAUAGGAAAACUAUUUUCGAUCAACCGUUGAGCAGCGUUAAUUCUGAAAUGGGAAAGGACGACUUUUUGUUCGUUUUGUGCAGUGGUUAUCAUCAGAUGAGGAGUCAUUUAGUAAAUUUUGAUUUUAUAAUAACUACUGCGAGAAGUUUUAUUACGACAGGAUUUAUCAUGUUUGUACAAUGUUUCACGUGUGCUGUUUUGUUAUGUAUAUACAUAAUUUGUGAUAA